UCCCAGUCAGAUCAGCACACACGUGCAGCUUCUGGUCUGCGGUCAAGUCACAGCAACAGAAAGAAGACCAUUAACAGAAACAUGGCUGACAGGAAAAGGUCAAUGUGUGCCAGAGAUCUGAGAGAUUCAUCGAAACCAGACAGAGAGGCUUGAAGCUCCGCCUCAUCCUGUGUCAGGUAUUAAAGUAAAGUACAUGUGAUGAUCAGAGCAGAGAGACGUUGACAUGGACAUGAAUCCCCUGCUGCUGCUGACGCUGCUGAUGCUGUGGAGCUCAGGACUCCAGGCUGAAGUAAAACACAAUUCAACAGAGUUUGUGAGGUUGGUGGGAGGAGCCAGUCGCUGUGCAGGCACACUGGAGCUGAAGCAUCAGGGAGAAUGGAGACGAGCUACUAGUGGAGAUGUAGUGGACUACUUUGAAAUGAAGGAAGCAGAUGCUUUCUGUCAAGACCUGAACUGUGGCUCUGCUGUUUCUUUACGAAAGAGACAGGUGUCAUCCCAAUCUUUGUGGCUAGUCAUAGUUGGAUGUCGACCUUUUGAUUAUGAUUCGCGAAGAUGUGUAAUGUCAUGGAACGCUUCUUCGGUUCUGGAGCUCACCUGUUCAGACUCUGUGAGGCUGCUGAAUGGGACCAGUCUGUGUUCAGGCAGACUGGAGGUCAACUACAACCAGUCUAACCAGUCCAAGCAGAGCUGGACCUCCGUGUGUGAAGCUGAUUUUGACCAGCAGGAUGCAGAGGUGGUCUGUAGGGAGCUUGGCUGCGGGCCUCCCUCAACCCUCCAGGGGGCGCUCUAUGGAGAUGUGGGGGCUCCAGUGUGGAGCAAAGAGUUCCAGUGUGAAGGCCAUGAGUCUGCUCUCCUGGACUGUAGGAGCUCAAACUCUACUAGAAGCAGCUGCUCACCAGGCAAAGCUGUUGGACUCACCUGCUCAGAGCCUAUCAGGUUAGUGGGAGGAGCCAGUCGCUGUGCAGGUACACUGGAAAUGAAUCUGGGAGAGUGGAGACCAGUGGCUGGAGAUAACUGGGCCCUGAGGGAAGCAGCUGUUGCCUGUAAACAGCUGGACUGUGGCUCUGCUCUUGCUAUAGAACAUAGGAAGUCCUCAGACAGACCUGUGUGGAGGAUACAAUAUGACUUUGUUCAGAGUGGAUCCCCUCUGACGGAGCUUGUAAUAUCAGUAAACUCUUCCUCCACUUUGGAUCUCACAUGCUCAGACUCUGUGAGGCUGCUGAAUGGGACCAGUCUGUGUUCAGGCAGACUGGAGGUCAACUACAACCAGUCUAACCAGUCCAAGCAGAGCUGGACCUCCAUGUGUGAAGCUGAUUUUGACCAACAGGAUGCAGAGGUGGUUUGUAGGGAGCUUGGCUGCGGGCCUCCCUCAGCCCUCCAGGGGGCGCUCUAUGGAGAUGUGGGGGCUCCAGUGUGGAGCAAAGAGUUCCAGUGUGAAGGCCAUGAGUCUGCUCUCCUGGACUGUAGGAGCUCAAACUCUCCUAGAAGCAGCUGCUCACCAGGCAAAGCUGUUGGACUCACCUGCUCAGAGCCUAUCAGGUUAGUGGGAGGAGCCAGUCGCUGUGCAGGUACACUGGAAGCGAAAAUAGGAGAGUGGAGACCAGUGGGGGGAUAUGAUUGGGCCCUGAGGGAAGCAGCUGUUGCCUGUAAACAGCUGGACUGUGGCUCUGCUCUUGCUAUAGAACAUAGGAAGUCCUCAGACAGACCUGUGUGGAGGAUACAAACUGACUUUGUUCGGAGUGGAUUUCCUCUGAGGGAGUAUGUAAUAUCAGUAAACUCUUCCUCCACUGUGGAUCUCACAUGCUCAGACUCUGUGAGGCUGCUGAAUGGGCCCAGUCUGUGUUCAGGCAGACUGGAGGUCAACUACAACCAGUCUAACCAGUCCAAGCAGAGCUGGACCUCCGUGUGUGAGGCUGAUUUUGACCAACAGGAUGCAGAGGUGGUUUGUAGGGAGCUUGGCUGCGGGCCUCCCUCAGCCCUCCAGGGGGCGCUCUAUGGAGAUGUGGGGGCUCCGGUGUGGAGCAAAGAGUUCCAGUGUGAAGGCCAUGAGUCUACUCUCCUGGACUGUAGGAGCUCAAACUCUACUAGAAACAGCUGCUCACCAGGCAAAGCUGUUGGACUCACCUGCUCAGAGCCUAUCAGGUUAGUGGGAGGAGCCAGUCACUGUGCAGGUACACUGGAAAUGAAACUGGGAGAGUGGAGACCAGUGCAUACAAUGGCCAGGACCCUGAAGGAACCAGCUGCUUUUUGCAAACAUCUGGACUGUGGCUCAGAUGUUUCUGUAAAAAAGAGAGAGUCCUCAAACACACCUGUGUGGAUUCACAGACUUUUCUGUGAACCUUCUUAUUUUUCUAUGAUGGGGUGUUUACAGUCACCAACCAUCAUCAGUGAAUCAUUUACUCCUGGUUCAGUCCUGGAGCUCACCUGCUCAGGAAAACAGGGGGCAGGUGCAGGGCAGAUGGGAGAAUAGCGGCCUGGUGGACUGUAACCUCUGUGUUGGUGCUGCUGAAGGACGGCUGGCUGAAGAAGAUGAAUCUCAGGGAGAAGGAGAGGAAGUCCAAUGAGCUCAUCUCACAGUCAGACACAUUUUCAGCUGACAAAUGAGGAACCAUCAGUUCAGAUUUGACUUUUUUCCCUUUAAACAGCCUUCAACUGUAAUGAUUCUGCAGUUUUCUUGCUGACAGCAUUAAAAUACUAAAACUAUCAA